AUGUGUUGUAGCAGCAUUAGAGCCAGUUUCUUGGAGCGCACCUAUUACGUUUUCAAUCCAUUUGCAAAACAAUUUCGGUCUAUUGUGAGUGGAUCUCAGGGAAAGGAAAAGGGUUUUGUUGUGUUUUCUAGUGUCAGCUUGGCUUAUGAUCCACGCAAUUCACCCCACUACAAAGUUGUUUGCAUUUGGUUCACUAAACAACCCGAAGAUUCUGAUACCAAUGUGGAUCUUCAAUUGGAGAUAUACUCAUCUGAAACUGCUACUUGGAAGCUUUCUGGAGAUGUUUUUUCUGCACCUCGUCGUAGCUUCCUCUAUAAAAGUGGAGUAUUCUGGAAAGGUUCGUUGCACUGGAUUGACCCAUCGAUAGAAGGGAAUUCUUUUUGUUUCAAUGUUGAUCAAGAAUUAAGAAUGAAAAUGCCAGACUACCGUUCUGUUCCUAGUGUAGAGGAUAAAAUGAUGGUUAAAUUCUUCGGGGAGUGUAGGGGUCACUUGCAUCUAAUUGUCAGUCCUGCUUCACUUUCUAGUUUUGAAGUCUUGGAAAUGGAGACGGACUACAUGGGAUGGAAUGUAAAAUAUCACGUUUCUCCCCAAGAAUUGAUAAUUUUGUAUCCACGGCCCCCUGCCUUUGAUGUAUUGCUGGUAGAGGAAGUAGAAUGCAAUUCGUCUAAGGUGGUUUUACUAAUCCAAGAUAAAGUUUUUUCUUAUGAUAUACAGGACAAGAGCUUCAAGGAAAUUCAUAGACUGGCACCAGGCUUAGGGGUGUUCCCUAUAUUAUGUUUUUAUCUCGUACGAAUUAGAGAAGGAUUGAAACUACAAGGCAGAACAUGUGGUUCACAGAGGCCAUCCUGUGAAAGACUGAAAUAUCUUCUCAACUCUGAUGGCUCAAAAUCGGAGUUUGGAGAAGUUGCUGGUGUUUCUGGGAGGGGACAACACAGUAGUGAUUUUGUUGACAGAACAGAAGCUGGCUUCUUUAGAUGA